CUUCCUGCCACCCUUUUCUGGCCUGGCUGCUGCGUGCAGUCCGAUUCGUAUUCUAUACGUAUGUAUGUAUAUACCUCCUUUGUCAAACACCUCCAGCCUACUGGCCGCUCUUCCAGCAGAGGAGCGUAAUUAAAUUAAAUUGUGAAAAUUGUUCGAAAUCUUGUCCCAAAGUCAUGAGAAAAGCCGACCUGCUUCCAAAUUCAUAGAAAAACAGUUUUACCCAUAAGCAGCAAAGGAGAAGUGAGAGCGAGACGAAGAGAAGAAUUUAACGCAAACCCGGAUUCACCCUUCUCCGCUUUUCUCUUGUAAAUUAAAAAAAACUCAUAAAGUCAAAAGCCCUUGACCAUUUUCAUGACAAAAAUGUCACAAUAAUAGUUAGUUGAUUGAGGCGAUAUUUGCGGUAAUUAAUCAACCAGGCAGGGGAUUUACUACAGGGCAUUGAUCGAUUUGGUCAAUCGAUCGAUAUAGGAGUGGUGGUUUGCUACUACAUAGAGAAAGAUGUGCUGAAAAGCAGAGUCCUUCACUUUCUCUAUCCGAAUUCUGAAACACAUUAUUUACUAGUUUUUUUAUUAAUUGUUCUUAAUGUAAAGGCACAGUCAAUUUCAGGCCUAAUAGUGCGAAUAUUUUGGUGAGACUGUUGAGUGCAGAACACAACUAAUUAUGAUAUAUUUUACUUUGUGAAACAUUUUGUGCAAAGGACAUUUUGAUGGCAAACUCAAUUUACGGAAGUGAUCUCAAUUUUUAUUUUUGUUUUAUGUUAGCUUCGUCCCUUCGACCCGUCCUGUCCGUGUCCUUCCCCUUCCUCCAUAAACUCUUUUCCCCACCCCACCACAUGUCAGAGUAUCCGCUCCUUGAAUAAUAUGGCCAUAAGCAGCGCUACGAAACAGAGCAUUCAGACAAAGGUUGACGACAUUGAGACAUUCAUCAAACACUUGGACAAAGACUCGUCGCUGAGGAGAAACUUGAACAAACAAUUUCUGGACAUUGUACAAGAACAGAAAAAUCUCUGCAAGACACCUUUCACAAUUGCGAAUGCUGCAUCGGUACGAAAACAGGUGGAAGAGUUCCAAACGGGGCUAGAAACAUUUAGACGUUGGGUAGUAAAACAGAUUGCGAAAAACAAAGUUAUACAAAGUGGAAAAAUAAAUCACUCACGGUUAACGGACGUAGAACUUCAAAUGAACGUUGGACUGGACAUUGACGAGAAAGAGAAUGAAGAGUCUGACUAUGAUGAAAAAGACUUUAGCGAUCUUUUCAUACCACUAGGGAAAACUGGCUCAGCCCUGAAUUUACCAGAGAAAAGGAUCAGAAAGCAAGUUGUUCAUCCCGAUUUCGUUACCACACAGAAGAAACCCAAAGUUGAACCAACAGUAGACAUGGAAGAAGACGAGGAAAUCAAUGAUAAUGAAAGCGCGUCAUUUACUGAAAGCGAAUCAAAUUCGCCUUCAAAAUUCAAUGGAAGUACUAACAAUAAUGGACUUCCAGAAUUUCCAUGUCCCGUUUGUAAGAAAAUAUUCAGAAAGAAAGGACACAUGACCAGGCACUUGUUAACACAUGAACCAGAAAAACCAUUUGCCUGUGAAAUUGGAAAUUGCACUAAAAGAUUUGCGGCCAAAUACAGUCUACAAAUGCAUCUCUUAAAUCGACACAAUACUGACGCCAAACCGCAUGACUGUACGAUAUGCGAUCGAAGAUUCACUUUAAAGAAGGAACUUGAUCAGCAUGUCCAGUCACAUAAGGAUGGGUUUAAACCAAAAUUCCACCAGUGUGCAAAUUGCGACCUCAAGUUCAUUACUCAAGGUGAUCUCGACUCUCAUUUGGAGAUGACCCAUCCUGAAGGUAGCCAUCCGUCCAUAUCUUUGAAUUGUUUCAGCUCAUGUGAAAAAACGUUCCCCCGAAAAUAUAACUUGAUUCGUCAUGAACGUACCCAUAGCACAGAGAAAUUGUAUCAUUGCGAUGUAUGCGACAAAGAGUUUGGUACCAAGAAUGGCCUCCAGAUGCAUUUGCAAGCUCACGAAUUGGAGGAUAAGAACAAGAAUCUCUCGUGCCAUUUGUGCGACAAGAAAUUUGCCGUCCAACAGAAUUUAGAAAUUCAUAUUGCUUUUCACAACCAGUCGAAUGACAAGCCGUAUUCAUGUGAAUUAUGCGAGGUGCGGUUCAAAAGUGAGGAAAGAUUGCAACGACACUGUGACACUCAUGGAUCCACUGAAGGAAGAAUUUAUCAUUGUUCUUAUUGCGAUAAGCAUUUUCCACGGAAGUAUAAUUUGAUUCGUCACGAACUUUCGCAUACUCAUGGCAGAAGAAAACCAAAGGAUGGCUUGCCCAUUCCAAUUCCUCGUGUCCUUGAAGAAAGAGAACGACUAAAAGAACAAUUGCACAAUGGGAACCGAGGCGCAGGCAGUUGCAAUAACAAGAACAAUGGAGCCGUUUCAACAGAUGACGAAUCUUGCAACAAUGGCGUUAACAACCUUUAUUCUUCUGGUGCAGAAGAAUAUUCUACAAUUUCAUCUCAUGACUACCAGUCACCUCAAGAACCUAGCCGAAGUGGUUACAACUUUGUGUAUCAGACGGUAUCAAAAUCAGAGCUGUACGCAACUUUAUUUGGACACCAGGAGGAGAACUCUUCUGACGGAAUCUCUCAUACUUCUGCAAAACAAAAGUACCAUGUACUAAAGUUUGAAAAUUACUAGUACAAUAUUAGUAAGUAUUUUUAAGUCAACCAGUAAUUGGUAGUAGUGAUAUUUGUUGACAGUAACAGUUUCCUUGUAUUCAGAUCCAGUCAGUUGAUUAUUGUAGUUACCUAUUCAUGUAUGUUAUGUACUUUGUUGCCAGAAAGGUGUGCAGAGGGUUGUUACUUAUGUAUAAACUAUAGUCAACAGUGGUAAUUUACCACUGGAAAAUAUCAGCCCAUAUAUAUUACAUAAUUACCAGGCUGUUUUUCAAUUGCAAUCUAAUUAGCAAAAUUCGAUUUAGCAUCAUCAGAUAUGUAGACUGCGUAUAUGCUUAUACUACCUACCGUAACAAGUCUACUUUUUUGCAACAGUUAUACGGUAAAUGCCAUAGACUUAUGUAGACGGAACGAAGGUUUCCUUUGUUGAACUAGCUAAAUAUUGGUAAAUAUUAAUGAAUUCACAGACGUCGUUGUACUAAUACUAAAUUUUGGAGCGUAUGCACAAGUGUCAACUGAGUCUUGCAGAUUUGUGUAAAUGUCAAAGUUUGUGUCAGUAUCAGCAAUUUAUAUAUGUGUGAAGGACUGUAAUAGGUUAAACAUGUGAUACAAAUAAUAGCCAAUAUAUUUAGUUCAUGCAUAUAUACGUUGUACCUCGGUUGGAAGUCAUUAUCACGAAUUGUUCAAAGUCUUAAUACGUUUAUAAUAAUUUGAUAUUUUGUGUCCUUAGCUUGAUGAUGCAAAUUCGUUUGCCAGCACACUUAUUUAAAUAUGAGUUGAUUUUUUUGUAUUACAUAAGACUGACAUGAUCUUAGUGCUGUUAAUUAAUGUUUUUUUUUAAGUUUUAACGACAAAGUUACUUCUGAUUUCACUACAAUAGUACAUGUAUUAUGGAAAAUAAGGUAAUGUGUGUAAGUAUAUUCUUGUGAAGCUUUAUCUAUCUACCUUACACAAUUCAUUCUGUCAUUCAGUGUGUAUUAUUACUAACGUGUAAAGUAAAGUGUCUUGACGAGUGUAAAUGACUAAAAAUGGAGUGUAUGCAUAUUUGGAUAACUUCAAUUUGCUACUUAAAAUGAACCGACACCUAUUGCAGUUGAAUUACAAGAGCGAGCCGAGCUUAAAGUUGUAAUAUAUAGUUUAUUCAAGAAACGAGCAUCUUGACAAAUAUAAAAUUUAAUUACUCUUAACAUUAACUUUAAUUAGUCAAAUUCUGAUCAAUUUUCAAAUGGCCCCAAUACUCUUCACUAAUUAUAAGAGUCACUACACUUUAUUUUACACCUCAUAGUCAUUAAUCAGUGAAACAUAUAUUCUACAAAGAAUUUACUCUAUCAGGCAGGAAGCAUAGCUAUUAAACACUCGGCAGUAUACUGGUCACCAACUCAAACAGAUCAAAUGAAUAUCACAAUUUCUUGUACGGAAAUAAAAAUUUCGCAAGACAA